AAACGCCAGAACGUGGGGAUUUACCAGAUCUCUUUUGGCAUCGAAAUAUUCAAGUAUCUUUUCCAAAUUUAUCGGCUCUUCUUUUUCUCGGCUUGCGGUAAAAUGUCCGCCGACAAUUCAUCAAGACUCGAUGAACCAGCCGAGAGGAUGACUCUCCUUGGUCAGCGCAAACGGGAUACUAGCCCAGCAGCGCUCGACGCGACCGUUGCUCUUGCUCGCCAAGGUGACUUCGUCUCCCAUCGGCUGGAGGUCCUAAUUUCCAAGUGUCAAACCGAUGGCGAGAUCGACCGUGAGCUGUGGGACGAUUUGGAAAUCCACCGUCGCUCCGCGAACACGUACAUUGAUCAGUACCUCGACUCUUUACAGCAGGUACACGAAGGGCGUCGCAAUGUCUACGAGGUUGAAGAUGUUCAUGAUGAGGCUCUUCCUACGGACCUAGCUGUGCGAAACCCAAAUUCAGGAGCGUCGUCCAUGACGAGAGUUGAGUGGCGGCUCAAAAUCUCCAGUGACAGUCUUGCGCGUGACCUGCUAGCCAUGCACGAGACUCUCGAGUUUCUCAAGAGGAGAAUUCCCAAGCCGAGCAAAUGCAGUCGUUCCAUCGGCGCGUUGUCGGUUUCCGCAUCUAUAGUGGUGAUCAUGUGGAGUGACUGGUACCCCGUGGAAGCACUGAGCCUUUUGACAUUGAACAUGGCCAGCCUUGCGGUCUACUACUCCUCGCCAGUAAUGCGGGAAUGGCUCAGGACGGAGUCUAUCGAGCGCUACCAAGGGAAGGUUGAAGCUUUGCUGAGGCGUCUGAAGAAAAAUGAGUUAGACGAAGAGGACCGGGAGGGUCUUUCCGGGAUGUGGUGUUGGAUGGUAGAACAGUUUAGGAAGUAGAAGUGGGAGGAAUGUGUUUUUUGUUGUAGUUGAAGCCCGGCCCCAGUUGGGAUAACUGAGGCAAAAGCUCAUAGAAGUGGGAGUCAGUGAGACAACUCAUAAAGUUAGCCUACAUUUCUAGUCACAACGGAGCCCUCCUUGGAGAACGAUUUCCAUGUCACUUGGCGCUCUUAUGUCAAUAAUCCAAUGGUAGAGAUCCGACCGCUGUGAAGCUUAACACGCAAGAUUAGUUGAUGCAAAAA